ACACUGUUCAUCUUCUUCUUCUCCAUUUAUAAUAUGACAAUGGCUUUACUUUUUUCUUAUGGGUUUCCUUUCUCAUACAGAUUGCAGCCAUGAAUAACAACAACAGAUCCGAUAUCCUUCUACCUUCAUCUUCUUCUUCUUCUUCUUCUCUACGACGACCUAUUUCUCAGUCACAGUCUCAGACCAAAACUCGCCCUUUCCCUCUUUCCUUCUCCAAUGCAACCAACCCGUCUCGCUUUAUUAAACCUUCUCCUUCCUCCUUCACUACUACUACUGCUAACAACAGGUUAAAGCAGCAGGACUUUAAUGGGGAAUCUGGGUUAAUAGCAACAAGACCCAAGUCAGCUCCUAGACAUACAUCAUCGAUUCGUAACCUACCAGCCGAAGAAAUCAAUAAACCCAGAACGCGCAGGGUUGUAUCAACUGUGAAUAAAUCAUUCGUCUCUCAUAAGAAACCCGGAGGAGGUGAAGAAGAAGAAGAAACUUUGGUCAACGUUGAUAAAAGCGAAGCCUUGAUUAGGGAUUUGCAAUCUCAAGUUUUGCAACUCAAAGCAGAAUUAGAGCAAGCCCAUAACCUAAAUGCAGAGCUUCAGUCCCACAAUGAAAAGUUAUCGCGGGAUCUUGCUACUGCUGCUGCAGAAGCCAAAGUUGCAUCUGCAACCAACGCCAUUGCUAGUACUCAUGAUAAUAAGGAAACCCACAACCAGAACACUAGAUUCAAAGACAUUCAGAAGAUGAUUGCUGAUAAAUUGCAGCGACCCAUAGUUAAAUUCGAUGCUGCCAAUGAUUCAAGUCAGAUUAAAAGAUCAGAACCCAAACAGCCGAUCCUUCUCCCCAUAAAUGCACCCAGAAAUUCUUUGUUGCCGCCUCCACCUCCGCCGCCUCUCCCAGUCCGACCAACUAUAAGACCAUCAACAAACAAGGUGGAACUUAUCUCAGCUGACCGGCGUUUAAAACAUACUGUAAACAAACCUGAAACUUCUUCCAGUGUCCACAAUAGCAUAGUUGGAGAAAUACAAAGAAGAUCCUCUCAUCUAUUGGCUAUUAAAGCUGACGUUGAGGCAAAAGGAGAAUUGAUAAACAAUCUUAUCAAGAAAAUACAUGAUGCUGCUUAUUCAGAUAUAAAAGAAGUGGUCAAGUUUGUCGAUUGGUUCGAUGGAGAGCUCUCAUCAUUAGCUGACGAACGGGCUGUGCUAAAGCAUUUCAAAUGGCCUGAAAGCAAAGCAGAUGCUUUACGAGAGGCUGCAGUAGAAUAUCGAUGUCUUGAUCUUAUACAUGAGGAAAUUUCAUCGUAUAAAGAUGACAAUAGUAUUGUUUGUGUAGUAUCCUUGAAGAAAAUGGCUUCUCUGUUGGACAAGUCGGAACAGAGCAUACAGAGAUUGAUUAAGCUGCGAAAGAAUGCUUUGAUCACUUACCAGCAAUUUAAAAUUCCAAUUGAUUGGAUGUUGGACACGGGAAUCAUUAGCAAGAUUAAGGUUGCUUCUGGGAGAUUGGCAAAGAUAUACAUGAAGAGAGUUUUGACAGAGUUUGAAUCUGAUCAUCGUGGAGGAAGAAGAGAAUUUACUCAAGAAGGGUUACUUAUUCAAGGUGUAGAUUUUGCUUAUAGGGCUCAACAGUUUGCGGGUGGACUAGAUUCGGAAACAUUGUGCGUGUUUGAGGAGAUGAGAAGACAUGUUCCUGGGCGUCUCCGAGGAAAUGCGGAAUUGUUAGCAUCAUAAGAUAGUCAUAUGUUUUUUCUUUCCGUUUAUAAUUAAUGGUUGCAGAAUUGUAAUUUUGUAGUGCACAAAAGAAAUGUAUGAUGUAUACCUACCAUAUGUUUUCCUCUUCUUUGUCACUUUGCAUAUAUAUUUUUAGUCAUGAAGACAUAAUAAUAAUAAUAAUAAUGUAUAC